GGGAGCAACUGCACAAUAGAUAUAGAUGAAUGUGCAAGUUCUCCAUGUUCUAAUGGCACUGAACAGUGUAUUGAUCGGGAAAAUGGCUUUGUCUGUGAAUGCUCCCCUGGGUAUUCAGGGGUUUUCUGUGAAAUAGAUAUAAACGAGUGUUCAUCGUCCCCAUGUCUCAAUGGAGGGACAUGCAAGGACGAGGUGAACAAGUUUACCUGUGUGUGCCUGCCAGGGUAUGCUGGGAGGAGGUGUGAGAUAGAUAUAGAUGAGUGUUACUGGACCCAGUGUGAGAACAAUGGCACUUGUACAGACUUCAUCAAUGGAUACCAGUGUCACUGUAUUCCAUACACUACUGGGAGGCAUUGUCAAUACAGACUGCCAUAUUAUACAGAAUGGAGCUCCUGGGGUGAAUGUUCCCAGCCAUGUGGUAGGGCCUUUCACUUAAGAAACAGGCUCUGUAUUGAUGUCACAGGGUCACCCAGAGGUCAUGAAUGUCAAGGUCAAGGUCAGGGUGACCCAGAAGAAUUCAAAGAUUGUUAUAAUCUAACAGAGUGCAUCAUGGCUCAAAUCUGCAGAUUCACAUUACUUAGUGAUAUAUGCACCUAGAGACCCCUGCCAGGACCCCUGGGGAGACCCCUGCAAUCCAGAUGGUAGGGGUCUACACGAGUGCCGCAGUGGGCCAGGGGGAGUGUACAACUGUAUGUGUGCCCCAGGCUACCACCCUGAGAACAACAGGACACUGUGUGUUGAUGACAAUGAGUGUUUGUUUGGAGCCAACGAGUGUUUGGAUAACCUGACUGGAAGUCUGCAUCCAGGAGUGAAGGGCUGCGUGAAUGUUGAUGGGGGGUACAUCUGCCAGUGUCACAAGGGGUUUAAGUAUGUCAGUGGAAGUCUCCACCAUUGUGAGGAUGUCAAUGAGUGUGAAGAAAACAUGACAGAUUGUGGUCCCGCAGAAAAAGCCGUCUGCACAAACACUGUUGGGGGCUUCCAGUGCAGCUGCAGGGACGGUUAUGAGGGGGAUGGAAAGACAUGCUUAGAAAAGCGGUUCAGAUUUCCCUCAUUCUCCACACACACAAAGCUGAUGUCAUCAGAGCAGUACUCCCCAUUUCUGUUCCCGACAUAUUCCAUACCACUGAAUGAGAACUUCUUCCCUUCUCUGUAUUUUACAAAGGGAGGCCUCAUACUAUUCAGCCGCCUGAACAAAACCACCGCCAACUUCAGCAGACGACACACAUUCCGCCAUCCCUAUGGAGACAGCCAGAGUCUGGACGACUUCAACUUUCAUCCUGUUUACCACGAGGGGGCGCUGGUAGCACCUUAUUGGGCUAGUGCUGUAGAUACAAGUGAUAAGUUCCCUGAUCGUGGCGUGUACUACACCACUUUUGAAAGAGGACAGUCACCAGAGGCCGCCACUGCUCUGGAUACCAUCCGCGACAUUGGCUCCGGAUUACUUCAUCAGGUGAAUGUCAGUGACUUUGAGCCUGUCUGGAUGUUGGUGGUCACAUGGAACAAGAUGGGGUACCCAGCUGUUGACGAGAAUCCAGAUAACAUUAACAAAACCAUAACUUACCAAAUAGUUCUGGCCACAGAUUUCCUGACAACAGCAGUGGAAACAAUAUACGCAGAUGGGGGUAUGAACUGGAACAUCAUGUUAGACACCCGUACACAGCCAACGUAUCCAGUCAGGGUGGGGUAUGCCAUCAGGAAUAAGAAAGUCAAGUUUGGAGAGACACCUGUGCCUGGUUCUAGAACAACUUAUGAGUACGAUUACUCAUGGUUUACCAUACGCACUGCACGGGACAUCAAGUUAACACCACGCAUUGAGCGCAUGGACCAGCAAAUACAAGAUGGUGCCAAAUCACCUGGUCAUUUCACAUGGGUGCUUAGCACCCCAGGUAAAAAUUUCACCCAUCCAGGAUUGUAUUGUGAACGCUGGAUCGAAGCUGACAAAAAGUUAGAUGCACUGUGGGGCGGACAGGUGAAUUACGAUGAUGCAAAAACAUGUCCUUGCUCCUUACAACAGCUCUAUAGGGUUCCUAAAGCCAUGCCUGUUUUUCUAGAUGACCCCCGCAUUCCUCCUCACAUUGUCUGCUAUAGGAAGGACAUCCAAGAAGAGGAAAGCUCCUCAGUGACUACACCCCGGUGUUGUUAUUACCAAGAUGGCGGAGCUCUCGUCGUUAACCAUGCUGAUGUUAAAGGUGCCAAUACAUUUAUGAGGCAUACACUGGAGGCUGAUCUCACUGACUCAGUGUACGACUUUUGUUGUGAUGUUAAUAACAUUGCGCUUGGAGCCUCAUUGUCUUGGCAGUGUGACAAAUUUCUGGCUAGACGUCCUAUUUCUAGCUGUGAAGCUUUUAAAGCUUAUUAUGCUGGCAAUUAUCCACCAUUUGGACAAACUAAUGAUUCAGACAUCAUACUGAACAUUAAACUCGGAGAAUCGUAUCCCAACCUAACCACAGUGGAAGCAUCAGACAGAGAGGGAGACAGGAUCAAAUUCCACCUCCGAGCAGACGCCCCCAAGGAAGCAAGGAUAGAUGGCAGCACAGGUCUGCUGGCUUGGUUUAAUGUGACAGAUGUCCGGCCUACCAUCAUUCCCUCUAUGAUUGUGAUAGUGUCUGAUGGGGUGGACCAGUCUGUCUGGAGGGCAAAGAUUAGUUUCUGUAAAUGUGAGAACAAUGGUACCUGUGUGUUUCAUGAAGAGCAAAUGAGCUCCUUCGCCUUUGCUUACUGUAUGUGCCAGGAUGGAUAUGGAGGACAAUUCUGCGAGGAAGAUAUUGAUGGUUGUGCAGACAACCCCUGUUAUUUUGGUGUCGUCUGCCAUGAUGUUCCAGCUCCAGAUCUCCUUUACAACCCCCUUGGUUACAGAUGUGGAGAGUGUCCCUUUGGUUUGAUUGGGAAUGGCCAAACCUGUGUUGAUUUAGAUGAGUGCCAAACAGAAAAUGCCUGCCAGCAAGGUUGUAGAAAUUUAGCAGGGGAGUCACACUACGAAUGCUUUUGUUUUGAGGGUUAUGCCUUAGGAGCAGAUGGCUUCUCUUGUGUAGACAUAAAUGAAUGCAGCCGUGGCCUACACACGUGUGAUCUCAGCACCACCUAUUGUGCAAACAGGAAUGGUUCCUAUGACUGCACCUGUCUCCAUGGUUACACAGCAGGGGACAUGGAAGAGGAGUGUGUUGAUCAAAAUGAAUGUCUCCUUGGUAACAGUGACCAUGGCAGCAACAGUAGCAGCCUGUGCCCUGAACACUCGCACUGUGUCAACACUAGAGGGAGCUAUGUGUGCCGCUGUUACUAUGGUUACAGAAUGAAUAAAGUUAAGGGAGAAUGUGAAGAGGUAGAUGAGUGUGACAUAAACAACAGCUGUCAGCAGACAUGUGUGGACCUAAUUGGACGAUAUGAGUGUGCAUGUGGGGAAAGCUUUAUCCCGGACAAUGACACUGUAUCAUGCCAGCCCAUAUUUGAGUGCGAUGAGGAGGAAAUUAUGAAUUGCGAUGGAGGAAACCCACGUGCUGUGUGUGCAAAAUCUACGUCAAAGUUUGAAACCAUUUGCAGUUGCCCUAAAGGGUACUCUCUUAAUUCAACCAACUUUUGCGUGGAUGUGGAUGAGUGUUCAACCGGUCUCAGUCCAUGCCGCAGUGAGAUCAGCCGCUGUGUGAACACAGACGGCAGGUUCUACUGCAGUUGUAAGCUGGGCUUUGUGCAGGCACCAGAUGGCAUAACUUGUGUGGAUGAGGAUGAGUGUUCCACGGGUCACCACAGCUGUCAGAUGAUCUGUAUUAAUGUGGUGGGGAGUUAUGAGUGUGCCUGUGAGCUGGGAUAUAUCCUACAUGAGGAUAGGAGACACUGUAUACAGGCCUAUUUUGAUGAGUGUUCCUCCCCUCUGACCAAUGACUGUGACAAGGUAUAUGGAGUAUGUGUAGACCAGCACCCAGGCUACAGCUGUCACUGCAUGGCUGGCUUUACUGGAGAUGGUUUUGUAUGUUCUGAAUUGAAUGAGUGCUCCCAGCCUGACUAUGGAGGUUGCCAUCAUCAGUGCCUGAAUACUCCAUAUGGUAACUACACCUGUGUAUGCAACACUGGAUACAUACUGGCAGAUGACAGCCAUUCCUGUGAAGACGUGGAUGAGUGUCAGAGUGAGGCCACACACAGCUGUUUAUCCAGGCAGUAUUGUAACAACACCAGAGGGAGCUAUGUCUGCUCCUGUCCCACGGAUUUCUAUCUGGCAGAGGAUGGCAAGACCUGUAAACCCACAUUCAAAUGUUUUGAGCCCAGAGGUUGUUCUCAUUUCUGUGGCUAUGUAGCGGGUGCCGACUCUUGCUUUUGUCCUAAUGGGCUCACUGUCGAUGAAGAAUUCGGAGACAUUUGUGAAGACAUAGAUGAGUGUGCCAUGCCAAAUCUUCACAACUGUGAUCCUGAGAUGAAUGUCGUCUGUGUGAACACAGUGCCAGGAUAUGAGUGUGCCUGCGUCAGCGCCCUCUAUGUGCAAGUUGGUCCAUAUAGGUGCAUAGAUUAUGAUGAGUGUCAGGCUGGUAACCACACCUGUAGUUUGACCUCUCACACUGUGUGCCACAACCUGUCUCCAGGCUACCAGUGUGUCUGCCAGCAUGGGUACAUCCCCAUGGGGGAGAUAUGUGUAGACUUAAAUGAGUGCACUCUGGGCCAACAUGUGUGUGAUAAGGUCAAAGGUGUGUGUAUUAAUACACCUGGUAGUUACAGGUGCCAGUGCCAAGCGGGUUACCAUGGUGAUGGCAUUGAUUGUGAAGAUGUAGAUGAGUGCCAUAGGGAUACACAUCUGUGUGACCAGCGUCCAGACAGAGGACUGUGUCAUAACACCCCUGGCUCCUAUGUCUGUGACUGUGCCAAGGGAUACCAGCUGGCAGCCAAUGGAAGGACCUGUGAAGAUAUAGAUGACUGCAGCAAUGGUAUCCAUGACUGUCAUCAUAUCUGUAUUAACAAGCCAGGGGGCUAUGGCUGUGCCUGUCUGCCUGGGUUCAGACUGGAUGUUGACAUGAAAUCUUGCAUUGCGGCCAGACCCUGUGAUAACAGUACCUAUGCAGCCAUGUGCCACUGGGACUGUGCUAGUAUAGAGGAUCUGGACACUUGUAUAUGUCCUAGAGGAUACAGGGUGGAUGAACUGGGCUUCUAUUGUGAAGACAUUGAUGAGUGCUCUACCCAGUCACCAUGUGAUGAAGAACGCGGCAACUGCACGAACACUUGGGGCUCGUUCCAAUGCACGUGUAGAGAUGGGUAUAAACUGGGACUGGCAUUUAAGUGUACAGAUCGUGAUGGACAAUGGGGAGAGUGGACAGCAUGGACAAACUGCACCAAGCCUUGUGGCGGGGGCACCAAAGUGAGAUCCAGGGAGUGCAAUGAUCCCUCACCAGAUGGCGGUGGUGCAUGGUGUGUUGGAAGUGGAGGAGAGAUGGCACAGUGCAACACCUGGUUGUGUCCAUUAAACCCUGAGGAGCUUCAGUAUGGAGUUAUUCUCACUAUAGAUGGAGGACUAGGUGUGCAGCAGUUUGUUCCGAUCAGGGAGGUCUUCAUCAGCAAGUUGAUGACAGUUAUAAAUUCUUUCUGCAAUUUCAAUCGGAGCACGGUGUCACAGUGUUGUGGCUAUGAGACAUUAUAUCUACCACGUAAGAACAACCCUCUCGUGUUUGCCUCCAUGAACCAAGUGAAGAUCGGCCAGGGCUAUCCCCUGGAGAAAGAUGGCCUCUUGGACGUCCUGGUCUUCUCCAAGUAUAGUCCAAACUCUGGACUCUGUGCAGCCGCUUACAAGAUGUUACUGACCACUACCCUUCCAACUACAUCAAUUCAUGGAAACUUUUCCUGGAAUGACACAGAGCUCCUGAAUAUCACUCAGGAGACAGUCAAGGAUGGCGAAGGCGACUUGGUGGCAAGUGGAAGUGGAGAUAUUGUGGAGGAAUUUAAUGGAACGUUUGGUUUUAAUGCAACGGAUUUGUUGAACAACAGAACUUUACUUGCGUUCAAUUUGACGAGCCAUAAUAAUUUUUCUGAAGCAGCAACAAUUGAUGAGACAUCAAAAUCAGGGAGAUUAAAACGUUCACAUGGAAAGCAGGUGAAUGAUGAUUCUGAUGUUUAUUUGGCAGACGUACACGGGCGUAAGUUGUUGACAGUGCCUACUGUUAUUGUUAAUGCUACAAAUGACACACUUUGGAAUGUGACAACUACCAUCACAGUCAUGACAGAAGAAACAACCCAAGAUGAGUUUAUACCUAAGGAGCUGUUAGCUGAUAUUCUUGAGUACACGGAUGUACAAGACGAGCUGACUUCAGGAUUAGAAGAAGCAGUCAAAACAGCAUAUGGUAUCACACUGAACCUCACUAUCAUAAGUGUUACCAUAGCAACCCAGGCCCCUCCCCCUCCCACUGAGCCAGCCACCACUGAGCUGCAGUCCAACUCCACGGAGAAAAUGGGUUCCUCCACAGAGGGCACUCCUGCCUGGGUGAUACUACUGGCUGUCCUUGGCUCACUUGUACCCGUAGCUGUUAUAAUAAUUGUGGUGCUGGUCCUCAUCAAAAAACCAAGUAAGGUAGCUGCUGCAGAAUUUGAGGAGAAUCCAAAUAACUUCGAUCCAGGCGAUUUUGAGGAAGAAACGUGAUGCUUUACUAUAUGGAUUGGAUAAUUCAGGAAUUGUUAUCAUAAGGAUAA